GAAACAAUGUUGGGUAGAAAGAUCGCCGGAACUUGUCUCCGAGCGAACGUUCCAUCGGUCGCGGCGACGUCUUCUACUCCUGCCACCCAAACCCGAAACUCCCACACAAUCUGGUAUCCAGAUGCUAAAUUUGAGCGUCAAUUUAAGACCGGAGGUACCCUCGGAAAGCUGUGGAUGUCGGAGCGGGUUUCGGAUUUCGACGAGAAGAUCGGACUUGACAAGCUUGAAAAGUUGGCCUAUUCCGAUCCAGUUAUGAGUGAUAACUACAGCGGAAAACAGAGAGAGAAGAAUCUGGAAAACAUGAUUCUCAACUUCGGACCACAGCAUCCAGCCGCUCACGGAGUGUUGCGUCUCGUGUUGAAACUGGAAGGAGAAGUCAUCAUCAAGGCCAUCCCACAUAUUGGACUCCUUCAUCGUGCCACUGAAAAGCUCAUUGAGCACAAGACCUACACUCAGGCUCUCCCAUACUUCGAUCGUCUCGAUUACGUCUCCAUGAUGUGCAAUGAGCAGGCUUGGUCUUUGGCUGUUGAGAAGCUUCUCGGUAUUGACAUCCCAACAAGAGCCAAAUAUAUCAGAACUCUCAUGGGAGAGCUCACUCGCAUCCAGAACCACAUCAUGGGUAUCACCACUCACGCCCUUGACGUUGGAGCUAUGACACCGUUUUUCUGGAUGUUCGAGGAACGUGAAAAGCUCUUUGAGUUUUCCGAGCGAGUAUCUGGUGCCAGAAUGCAUGCCAACUACGUCCGCCCCGGAGGUGUCGCUUGGGAUCUUCCAAUUGGUCUUAUGGAUGACAUCUACGACUGGGCCAUCAAGUUCCCAGAACGUAUCGAUGAGCUCGAAGACAUGCUCACCGAAAACCGAAUCUGGAAGGCCAGAACUAUUGACAUCGGACUUGUGUCAGCUGCUGAUGCUCUCAACUGGGGAUUCAGUGGAGUCAUGGUCCGUGGAUCUGGAAUCAAGCAAGACGUGAGAAAGACCGAACCAUACGAUGCCUAUGCUGAUAUGGAAUUUGAUGUUCCAAUCGGAACCAAGGGUGAUUGCUACGACAGAUACUUGUGCCGUAUUGAGGAGAUGAGACAGUCGUUGAACAUUGUGCAUCAGUGCCUCAACAAGAUGCCAGCCGGAGAAAUCAAGGUCGACGAUCACAAGGUUGUGCCACCAAAGAGAGCCGAGAUGAAGGAGAACAUGGAGUCUCUUAUUCAUCAUUUCAAGUUCUUCACCGAAGGAUUCCAAGUGCCACCAGGAGCAACUUAUGUCCCAAUUGAGGCUCCAAAGGGAGAGUUUGGAGUUUACCUUGUUGCUGAUGGAACCGGAAAACCAUAUAGAUGCUUCAUCCGCGCUCCAGGGUUUGCUCACUUGGCGGCCAUCCACGAUGUGUGCUACAUGUCUCUUAUCGCCGACAUUGUCGCUGUCAUUGGAACUAUGGAUAUUGUGUUCGGAGAGGUCGAUCGAUAAAUACUCAACUCAUUAGGCACGUAGACGGAUUCUCUAUAGCACAUUCUCAACUCACUCUUUAUUUAUCCCUUGCACCGCGAAAUGUGUUCUGUUUAUUUUCUUUUCUUUUCAAAGUUCGUUUUUUUCUGAAAUUCAAAAAUGUAGAUUUGUAUCUGUUCACUGUUGUUCAGGAUGUUCAAUAAAUAAGUCUGCAACCAAGACGCAAAGAAAAAACGCUUUAUUAAGAAAAUACU